CAACGUGGAACGUUAUCACUAUUUAUUCAACGGUAUACCAUGGACUUACCAUGUUUUCUGCAAAACCACGACGAAGCUGGAUUGGAAGACUACUGGGUGGUGUGCUGAAUGGCUUCAAGUCUUUCUGUCUGCAGACUAGCAUCCAUGGGUUUAACCACAUUGCAGCGCCAAGGAGGCACUGGAUUGAAAGGUUGUUGUGGGUGAGUGUAACAGCAAUGGCAGCAUGCGGGGUGGUUGGGAUAUCGCUGGGGCAGUGGCAGCGAUACAUCAAUAACCCCACCGUGGUCACACUGGACAAAGACUAUAGGACCUGGAAUUAUACCACUACUGCCGCUACCGCUUGCGAAGUGAACAGAACAAAUCCUAAGAAAGUGGAAAGAGCUAUCAAGACCCGUUGGAACGUGGCACCAAACGAUUCAAAUUACUACUACUACGCCAGAUUUGUGGAUGUGGUCGCAAACUCUGACCUCUACAACCUGACCAACUAUGAGGAGUUUAAGAAUGACCCUAAUCUGAAUGUGAACCUUUAUGAACUGGCUGUUGAAGUAAUGCCCGAUCAAUCUGUAAAGCUGAGUACAUCGGGUCUGUUCUCCUAUCGGCCAAAAUGGGUGCCCGUGAUGACUGAAGUCGGCGCGUGCUACACGUUCAACUCCGUGGCCGUGGCGGACGUCGCUAUCAUUAAACCAGCCACAAACGUCACGAAGGAUAUUCCUGCAACUUGCGAAUAUACCCCAUCGGGCUGCACAUACAUAUUCGAAUGCUUUAACUUAAUAAAAUACUACUUCCACUCAGCAUUCGACAUAGUGGACACACAGACAGCGAGUACCCUUUCCAUCCCGCCGCAGAACACCAAGGUCACACUGGCUAUAACGGAGACUUGCUCUGGGGCCGAAGUCAGGGCCUUGUCGCCUUCGAGACGCCACUGCCUCUAUUUCGAUGAGCCCACCAAGCCAAAUAGACAGGUGCACAGCAACAACAUCUGCAGGCAGGACUGCAAGAGUCGCAUCGCCAUGCAAGCGUGCGGGUGCAAGCCUUUCUAUUACCAUUAUGCAGAGGGUCCGCUGUGCACUACAGCCGGCAUGUCAUGCGUGGCACGCAUCGCUCACCGCUUGGCGACGUUCGACAACACCACGUGCCCGUGCGUGCAACUAUGCGCCGACACUGUCAUCCGCGAGAUCUCUACCAUCCUGACAGAGUGGUUACUAGUUACUUGCCUACUUACUCGCAUCUAUCUAUUACUAUCUAUCUAUCCAGAGGGUCCGCUCUGCUCUACAGCCGGCAUGUCAUGCGUGGCACGCAUCGCUCACCGCUUGGCGACGUUCGACAACACCACGUGCCCGUGCGUGCAACUAUGCGCCGACACUGUCAUCCGCGAGAUCUCUACCAUCCUGACAGAGUGGUUACUAGUUACUUGCCUACUUACUCGCAUCUAUCUAUUACUAUCUAUCUAUCCAGAGGGUCCGCUCUGCUCUACAGCCGGCAUGUCAUGCGUGGCACGCAUCGCUCACCACUUGGCGACGAAUGUUGGGUCGCUGAAGACUCGCGGAGUGGUUCGGUAUGUAAUGGAGCCGCCUCGCACGCGGUACACGCGCCACAUCGUGUUCCACUUCCAGGACCUCGUCGUGUCGUUCGGCGGAGCAGCGGGCCUCUUCCUGGGCGCCAGUUUUAUCAGUUUCGUGGAGAUUGGCUAUUUCUUCAUCGAGCGUAUUUUACGCAUUGGAGGGAAGAAGACAGAUUCCAAGGCUUUGGUCAAAACACACAGAGCGCCGCCAUACGAAUCUCGCAUUCAAGAGUUGACUUCAAUAAUAGAAAGACAGAAUUAUUAUGAACGAAAUUACAUAAACAAUUAUUAUUAUUAA